UUGGCAUAUCCCGCUGAAUUAAGCUGAAUAACAACGGUUGGCGUAUGUCCGUUGUAAAGUGAUAUAGACUAUAUCACUUAGUCCGUUGGAACGAAGAAUGUUUUCUUUCUCUUCAAUCAUGAAUAUUUGAGUAUUUUAUUUUUAUUUUAUCCCAAAGAUACAGCGAUAUAAAAGAUGUCUUCUACGUCCACCGAACAAACUGAAGAUUUACCCUCUCCUGUCAAGAAUAUAUUGGAUCCGUUUAGGGAUGAAAGGAAAGGCAUUGUUCGAGAAGUUGGAAAUCAAGCUAUCUGGAGUUUAUCAUCAUGUAAACCAGGAUUUGGCGUUGACCAAUUGAGAGACAACUGCCUGGAUACGUAUUGGCAAUCGGACGGCCAGCUUCCUCAUUUAGUCAAUAUUCAGUUCCGUCGAAAAACUACCAUAAAAGAGAUCUACAUUUAUACUGACUAUAAACUUGAUGAAAGCUACACCCCGAAUAGAAUUUCCAUUAGAGCGGGUACUAAUUUUAAUGACCUACAAGAAAUUGAAGUGAUUGAUCUGCACGAACCGGUUGGUUGGGUAAAGAUAGCUUUAAAAGACAUGCACGAUAGGCCAAUUAGAACUUUUAUGAUACAAGUGGCAGUCAUCAGUAAUCAUCAAAAUGGAAGAGAUACUCACAUGCGACAAAUUAAAGUUCAUUCGCCGGUAGAUCAUACCGGUAAUAUUAUGGGUGAUUUUGUAAGCGUGGAUAUGUUACAGUUUACUUGCAUAAGGUAAAGUUUAAUUUUAAGGUUGGUUUGUACCAUGUUUCUACCCUAGUUUUUCAGGUAUCAGAAUAUGUAUAUUUUUCAAUUUAUUGAGAUAACCAUUGUUUCUUUCAUACGUUAAUAUUUAUUUUCGUAUUUUAUUUUCCUUAUACAUAAUUAUUAAUACAUUUUUUUUGGUGAUCA